GAGAGAGAGAGACUUGAACACAGAGAGAGGAGGAGAGCCGCAGCCAACACCGUGCAGCUUUGCGAGGAGCCGCUGCUUGGAAUAGGCGCUGCUUGCGGAGUGUGUACAACUACACACACGUACAGGCACCCCAAAGGUGCAUCUGCACAUGUGUUUGCUGUGCUUUCAGUCGCUGCUUUCCUUUGGUCGUGGCUGUGAAGGAAGGAAGAGGGGAAGACUGGAGCCCCUGGAUUUCUAAAGAGAGAGAGAGAGAGACUUGUUGGGGAUUGCUGUCUCUAGAAAGUGUGCAUUUUUGUCUGCCUGCACAUCCAGAGAGGCAAAGUAGAUUUCCUCCUCCGGUUUUGUGUGUCUGUGUGUGUGCUUUUUUUUUCUUCAAAGCCAUGAACUCCGCAAGCCACCGCUGACUUUGGCCAAUGCCUCUCCUUGGCUAAGAAGAUGGGGAAACUUCAUUCAAAACAUGCCGCUGUGUGUAAACUGAGAGAAAGUCCGGAAGGUGAUAGUUUUGCUGUGAAUGCCUCCUUGGCGCGGAAAGGGCUGGAGGACUGGAUGGUGAAGCAGAAAGCUCUGGGAGGCGGGAAUGGCAGUUUGGGGCUCCAAGCCGGUUGUCAGCACCGAGCAGUUUGCAGGCUGUCCGGCUCCAGGGACCCGGCAGGUGAAGGCUUCAGGGAGGCCAUUGAAAAUGAACUGUUCCACCUGGAAGUUGCUUUGCCUCCAGAGAAGACGGAUGGAGCUUGCAGCGGUGAUGAAAAGAAAAUGGAAAAGGAAACCGAUGCCCGGGCAAGUGCCAAGAAGCAGCUGAAAUUUGAGGAAUUGCAGUGUGAUGUGUCCCUUGAAGAAGAUAAUAGGCAAGAGUGGACUUUCACACUGUAUGAUUUCGACAACAACGGCCGAGUCACACGUGAGGACAUCACCAGCUUGCUUCAUACCAUCUAUGAGGUAGUUGACGCUUCCGUCAACCACUCUCCCAGCUCCAGUAAAACCUUGCGUGUGAAGCUUACCGUAGCGCCGGAUGGGAGCCAGAAGAGGAAAAGUAUUCUACUGAACCACACCGAUCUUCAAAGUUCAAGGCACCGAACAGAGAGCAAAGCCAACGAAGAAUCGAGGAGUUGUGAGAAGAAGCAACGAGGGUCCAUCAGGAACCACCAUGCCGACGUCAAGCCUGAACAGAAUGGAUGCUAUCACCAUUGCGUUGAUGAAAAUAUCGAAAGGAGAAACCACUAUUUGGAUCUUGCAGGGAUAGAAAACUAUACUUCAAAAUUUGGACCAGGAUCUCCACCUGCUGCUCAAAAACAUGACCUGCCAGUCCGAGUGGCAAAUCAAACUAGAUCCCGUUCCCAUGAACCUGAAAUUUUCCAUGGACACCAGCGGAAAUCACCGGCUGCAGACCCGGGCCACGUCAGCUUAAUGGAAGCGUCGUAUGCCAAGCUGGCGGAGAUACAGCAGAGGCUUCGGAGUCAAGAUGCAAACAGGCACUUUGUGAAAUCUCCAAAGGCCCAGAGCAAAAACAUGGCAUCCGUUAACACAGGAAGGGCUGUAAGGAGUAAACCAGUUCCGGGAACGUCUAUCCCAAUGACUUCUCCUACGGCUUGGGUGAGCCAAAACCUUCCGUACCACCCCGUGCAGUCGCAGCAGACUUACAAGAAACACAAGCAGAAGGCCAAGGAGGGUCAUCACAUGUGCAAAACUUUCCAGGCCCCGGGGACGGUUCUGGAGAAAGAGCACGUCAGAGACCUUCCCGCUGUCAUCUUGUAUGAAGGCCAAGUCGGGCAGAUGAUCCAACGGCAUGAACACCACCAUCACCACGAGCACCAUCAUCAUUACCACCACUUCUACCAGACAUGAACCUGACCCCCCUCCCUCACCCAAUAGGGAUCAUCCUAUAUGAAGGAAGCCCCGUGCAGCGGUUCCCCCACAAGAGGGCGUCGUUCUCACUGAUGUUGUUGCUACUCCAUUUCAUAUUCUGCUAGUAUUUUUUUUCGUUAGGACUUAAAACACUAAUAAUAAUAAUGAUAAUAAUAAUAAUAAUAAUUAACACUAUUUAUAUUAUGUGGAACUGUAUAUCUUACUUUAGUAACUCGUGGGUUUUUAUUUUUCGAGUUGGCUUGUGUCAAAAAAAGAGAACCUGCACACAAACACGAACAGCCAAUUGCUAUUCUAAGGAGCUGGGUCUGAUCGCAGGCCGUCCACACACUUCGGAGAACGAUUGCUUCCUAUGUAGUACUGGGGGAGAAGCUCCCAGCGACGUGGUUCAGCACCUGGCAUGGUCAUGCCUCGGCUCAGUGCACGGGAGCUUGUCGUCGGGAACAACGUUCCAGGGUUCUGGACUCCGGGAAUACAAAACAGCUGCUACCUCUAGUCCAAUUCAGAACUUCUAAUUGAUUGUACUGUGCUACAGGAUGAUGCGUGGGGGUUCUUUUUUUAACUCCAAUGCAUUCACGUAGCCUGUUCAUGUUGUACUCCUCAGCUCUUUACAAGCUAUAUCUUAAUAGUAAUGAUGAGGAAAAUAUUAACUUUAUUUGUCCACACAGCUACUUUUUUCCCCACAUUUCUUUUAAAAAUUAGUUCUUUGGUUUUAAUUUCCAGUUUUUUUGGGGGGAUUUAUCUCCUAACUGAUGCAUUUAGGGCUUGAUUAAUAUAUAUGGUAAUAUUUUUAAAGUAUCUGUUCAUUUUCUUUACUGUAUGAUGCAUGCCAGAAAAUCAUUUCAGCAGCGCACCGAAGUACGCUUGCCGUGCGCAUGCUUCCAGCAGGAAAUCCUUUGCCACUGCGCUAAAAUUGCCACCGCUACUGACGUUCAUGGCAGCAGAAAAGGGCUGAUGGUGUCACCUGACCAAGAAGUGCUGUAACUUUCAGGUUCUGCUCAAGGAAUCCCCUCUCUCAAUAUUUAUGGUUUUUACCAUAGAUAUGUAGAAGAAUUCCUAGAGCACCUUCUGGAAGUGACAGCACUGCAGGGUUAGAUGAAACCUACACAGGCCCCACCCCAGAAAUCUCCCUGGGACAGAAGCCUGGCCACCCUGCACAAGUGGAGUAAAAGUGCCUCACACCAGAAGAGUGAGGUCAGCCUCAGAGAAAAGGAUGGGCGUAUCACACCCACUUUAUUCCAGUUUAUGGCCUCCACUCCCAACAAUACUGAGGAAGAAACUCCUCCUCGGAGUUCGAAAUGCUGCUGCCGUUACCCUCAGUUUUAACUUCCUCAGGUGCCAAGACAUCGCCACCUGUCUCGGUUCUUUUUUCAGCCAGUUUUUGUCUGCCUGCCUCCCCAGGGUCCUACUGCUUGCCUCUUUCUUGGAGUGUUCUCUAAGAUCAGAACUGGCAGAACGCACUCCACGCUCCACCGUUCUGUAAAGAAGCGUGUAUCGGACAGAGAGGCAACGUUCUUUCCCCCAAUUCUAACUCAGCCCUUAACUAACCUUCACUAUGUUUUAUUUUGUGCUGUCGGUUGGGAGAUUUUCUGUAACUUUUUUUUAAAAGAUACAAUUAAUCCCACAAUUUGUGAGUUCCCCUCCCAUGUUUUGUUUUUUUGAGAGUGCAAGAGAUAGCUGCGGAAGGAAUAUGCUUUCUCAAUUGAAAUUCUGGCAUAUCUGUAUAUAUACGUAUAUGCACCCUCAUACAUACACAUAUAUAUAUAUCCACCCACUCAGGUACAUUUUCUUGUGUUUUCCAGAAAUCUGUUGCUUUUGAAUAUUAACAUUUUAAUCUUAAAAACAGUGAUUUCUUGGGAAUGUUUCACGUCCCCAUGUUGUAUGUUCCUGUUUUCUCUUUCGACGUCUCCGAACAUAGGUGCCCCUCACAAGCCAUUGCUUCCGCUUAUUUCUCCUUUGCUUCCUCUAUUCUCUUUUCCAGUCUCUUCUGGUUUCUCCAACCCCUUUCCCAAGGGCUUCACUUCCAUAAAAGCGGUGUGAAUGUCAAAAAACCUAGAAAAAUCAUUUGUUGUUGAAGGGAAACCUAAGAAAAGUGUGACCAAAAGAAUGGGUGACCUGGGUCAUAUCAGUAGAGAUUGGAAGUUAAAGGCACUUGGCCCGAUUCCAGCCCCUAGGAUAGCACGCACAGACACACACGCAUGCGCGCACACCCCGUUGCCAUCCUAGAGGCAAGAAUGUGGAGAGAAUUGUGGACUUUCUGUCUGCACUAGGGAGGGAAGUAAAGCCUCAACUCCUUCCUCGUCGCCGAUUUGCACAACUAUUUUCUGACCAAGUUUUUUUUAUAACUUUACAAUACAGUUGCAAUAAGAUCUGUCAAGAUUGUAGAACAGGAGUAGCCGAGCAGGACUUCCCGUUUUGGACCAGCAUAGAACUUUGUCCUAGUUCUCCCUCAUUCAUACCAGCCACACAGAAUGAAUCAAAGGUAGCAACCUCUUUGCCUGCUUCUGUCCCCUGAGAGGAGCUAGAGGAGAGCGGGCAGAAUCCUCUGUAGCCUCAUGGGACCCACGCAAACAGGAAUGAGGUGUGCCCAGUGGUGGGAUCCAAAAAUUUUAGUAACAGGUUCCCAUGGUGGUGGGAUUCACACUGUGGCGUAGUGCCAAUGGGGCUGGGCUGGGCACGACGGGGGCGUGACCAGGCAU